CUCUGCUUUGUUCUGGGAUCUUUCUCUUGGUCUUUAUAUCGUGGUGUUUGUGGUAAGCUACUAUAUGAUCAGUGCAUGAUGACACUACACUGUUGGAGUACUUUGGUCGAAACAACAGUUACUGUAUCAAAAUAUACUAUAUAUUUUGAGAAUUUAUCUUCUUUAUUCAAACUGAAGUGGUUGCUGUUAAGCUGUAGUUGCAAUUUUACAGAGGUGUCCCUGUUGGUUUCUUAGCUUGUCUUGAUUUGACAGUUACUGCUUGGGAAAGCAAAUAUUUUCCCGUGGUGGUGUCAUUAUUGAUCUUCCUGUCAAAAUGUUUGUCAUUGUUCCAAAAUAUGUAAUUCUUAACUUCAUGAGGUGGUGAUGAUAUGACAGUCAACUGCUAGGAUGCUUUAAUGUUGGGAUCGCAUUUUUCUUACUUAAAAUAGUUAGAAAUUCUGAUGUAUAGGUGGUUUCUGAUUAAUCUUCAUAGAUGUAUCAUAAGAUGUCCACUUGUUCAUGUUUUCCCAUUGAUGGUCUUUGAUAUUUGCGUCCUUGUUCAAUAAUAGUGUUAAUAUUCUUUAUAGUGUGCUUCUUCAGGAUGAAAAAUGGUGUCCUUACACUAUAUUGGUUAAUUCCUUAUAGUAUUAUUCUCUUGAGAAAGGGCUUAUUUGUCUAUAAAUGCUACUUUUCUCAAAAGUUCCAGUGUUUUUCCUUUCUUCUGCAGAGGCAAUAAUUCUUAAAGUUUGGACAAUUGCAUUGAUAAUCAUUUAAAUUUGCUGAGCAGUAUUGCAGUAACCUUGUGGUUUAUGAGUUGCGUUUGAUUAAUGCAUAGACAUAGCCUUGUAAAUGGAAUUCAAGUUAAACAGGUUUGAGGAUGAAAUCUAAUUAAUUGAAAGGAUGUAUAUUGGUUUAACUUCGCAAAGGUGUUAUCCAAUCAAUUUGGCUAGCGUAUUUACUGUUUACAUGUCUUGCAAAAAGGUUUACACUUUUACUUGAGGAUGAAAAGAGAAAUAGAAUGGUGAACUAUAUAUCACUUGUUAACUGCAUAAUAUGCUAACAAUGCUUCCCUUGUGUUUCAUUGUAGGUAUAUUCUAGUAAAAUCGGCUGACAUACGCAAAGAAGUACAAUGCCCAAUCUGCCUAGGGAUCAUUCGCAAAACAAGAACUGUAAUGGAAUGCUUACAUCGCUUCUGUAGAGAAUGUAUUGACAAAUCUAUGAGAAUGGGGAACAAUGAGUGCCCUGCUUGCCGCACACAUUGUGCUAGUCGCCGGUCUCUAAGAGAUGAUCCUAACUAUGAUGCCCUAAUUGCAGCCUUAUAUCCGGAUAUUGACAAAUAUGAGGAAGAGGAAUUGGCUUUUCAUGAGGAGGAGAAAGCUCGGAAUAAGCAGAUUCAAGCUUCCAUUGCCCAGACUUUGCGCCGGCAAUCUGAAGUUGCUGGUAAGAAACGAACAGUUAGAGCCACUGCAUCUGCAAUUGUAAGGAGAUCACAAAGUCGCCAUCACGGGGGGAGAAAACAUCGAACUUCUGAACCUCAAGAGUCUGAUGACAAUGAAAAUGCUAAUGGAGAUGGAAGCAGAGAUUCAACUUCUGCUGAUGAGCAUCAUGCUGAGGUCAAACCAAAGAGAUCAAGGAGAUGGGGUGGUAGGUUUUCUCAUCCAUCUUCAGCGGCUAGUGCUGAUGGGGUUGGUGAUGAAACUGACUCUGAAGUGAAUAGAGAAUCCUUGGGUGUUUCUGCACCACUUGUUUGGCCCUCAGAAAGAGCGUACCAGAAUAACAAAGAUGACCAAGAGUUUGAGUUUGUUUCGGGUACACCUGGUACAAGUCCUCACAACUUGAAGAAAAAUUCCCAUCCUGACAUGGCCAUCUCUGAUAGUCAUCUCCCGCCACUAGAAUUCUUACUGAAAUCAGGACAAUCUCAGGCAGCCAACAAGCCAGGCAACAAACAGUUACGACCAGCAUCUAGUGGCAGUAGCAAGAUGCCAAUUGGCAACCAUGCCGAUCAUUCAAAAGAUUCUCAUAGAUCAAACCGAAAAGUGAUAAAUCAAGUUAAAAAGGGAAGCACUUCUUCAAGAUCUUGGUUUGGCCAGAAAUUAUUCCAAUCAUUUGUUUCCCCAUGCAGGGAAUGCCAUGCAGUGAGGCCAACAAUGAAAGCACAUACCGUGCCAUGA